AGAAAAAAGGGAGAAUUCUUAAAGGGAAUUUUCGCUGAAAUGCAGAAAGAAACUCCAUGGCAGUGCCUUGUGCAAGAAAACAUUUCAGCAUUGCUUAAAGCAAAGAUGGGUGCAGCAGAGUCGUCUUCCAAGCUUGCUAGCUCCGUCCAUGACUUCGUCGUCAAGGAUGCAAGGCGAAAUGACGUGGAGCUAAGCAGAUACAAGGGGAAAGUUGUGCUUAUCGUGAAUGUGGCAUCUCGAUGUGGUCUGACGAAUUCUAACUACACUGAGCUGGGAUUGCUCCAUGAGAAGUAUGGGGACAGAGGAUUGGAGAUACUGGCGUUCCCAUGCAAUCAGUUUGGUGGACAAGAACCAGGUAGUAAUGAUCAGAUUGCGGAGUUUGCUUGCACCCGCUUCAAAGCAAAAUACCCUAUUUUUGGCAAGGUUGACGUGAACGGCAGCAAUGCUGCUCCGUUGUACAAGUUCCUGAAGUCAGAGAAAGGCGGUCUCUUUGGAGAGCGCAUCAAAUGGAACUUCACCAAGUUUUUAGUUGACAAAGAUGGUCAUGUCGUGAGAAGAUAUGCACCAACCAGCUCCCCCUUGAACAUUGAGAAUGACAUUGAGAAGCUUUUGGAGGCCUAGAUCUCGCUGUGGAAGAUCAUCGUCCGCUCGUUAUAUGUUGUCAUCUGCUUUUGUCUACUGGAUAUUCAUCAGUAUGCAUACUGUUAUGACUUGCGAGUAAUUCUUGUCACGUUGUAUGUUACCAACUGUUAACGGUUGAGAGGAUAACAAUGAUACUAUAAAUGUAUAAUCGGGAAUGACAUGUCUCGCAAAGGAAGAAGGAAGCAGAUAGUUGGAUUCGAAUAACAUAACAUUGAACGCU